CACAAGCCAUAAUGCCCUCUUUUGUUGACCUAUAAUAAAAUGCUUUCCGUUCGAUGGAAUAGGACGUAUGGUACAUACUAAUGCACCCUUCACUGCCAAUAUGUAGAUACACCAAUGAAGGGUAACCGAGGAUAUAUAACAUUUAUAUGCACCCGGUGAUGAAGCCGUCGUAUGUUUCGGAGAUAUCAUACAUAUAAACUCUUCACUGCCUGAAAAGUUCUUUAAAACAAUACCUGAUGCAGCGAUUAUUAUAUUCCAGCUCUUGUUGGUCAUUGAACCGAUCGGAUAUAUUUGAAAUACUGGGGAAUACAACUCGUUGGUGGUGGACAUCGUCUUUUGAAAGUGGUUACUAUCUUUGUGGUGCAUACGACAAAGAUGAGGGGUAGAGUGCUUAAGAGGAUUGUCCCGAUGUUUUGGAUAGUAUCCGCCAUAUCCGCUUUUCUACUAGUUGCAUACUAUAGAAUCGUUCUAGUACCCGCGAGGGAGAAUCCUCUGGAAGUUGGCUGGCUGAAAGAUGUUCAUUGGACACCGGGAACUCUGAAAGUGGGUAUCUAUGACUUCUUGAUAAACCCGUCGGACACCUGUAAGUUAGGAAGCAGGGAUAUGACAUUGCUACUCCUGGUCAAAUCAGCACCCUCAAACAAACCCCGCAGGGAUGUUAUUCGCGAGACCUAUGUAAGUGGUAUCAGGGAGUUGAACUUACCCGCUAGGGUGCUCUUUGUCCUUGGAAACGUCGAGGACAGCAUGGAGCGAGAAAGCAUCAGGACAGAAGCUGAUCUGCACGGGGAUAUCCUCCAGGCUGACUUCAAAGACCACUACUAUAACCUGACCAUCAAGCUCAUCACGGGUUUCAAGUGGGUGGCCAACUUCUGCAGGAACACCGAGUUUGUGAUGUCCAUUGAUGACGAUGUGAUGCUUGACAUCGUGACCCUUGUUCAGGACCUAGAGGGGUUACCUUCGUGGAACCGUACCAACCUCUGCCUCGGUGAGCCAAACGUGGGCAAGCCGAUCAGGAACGAGGACAGCAAAUGGUACUGUCCGAAGGAGCUAUACCCAGAGGAUACCUAUCCUCUGUCACCAUUUGGCGCGGGUUACGUAUUGUCCCAGGACUCCGUACAGAAACUCUACGCCGCAUCUAAAGAAGUGUUACCCAAAGUGCCUUUUGAUGACGUCUACUGUGGCAUGCUCCUAGACGCGACGGGGAUCGCCAUCGCCGAUAGAGUCAAACUAUACGCUAAACUGCAUCCGGAACGUAAACCAAAAGACUAUCUAAAGAGCCAGUUGUCUGUGUAUCAAAUGAAAAAAGCCAGGGAUAAUUGGGAGGACUUCAAGAGUGUCCCUGAAAGGGAAAUUCACAUAACUAAACGUGCAAAAUUGUUCAUUUUUCCAUUCUUAUUAGUAUUGCUAUUAUGUAUGUUUUUUAUUUGUACGAUUGUGCAUUGCUGACCUCGGAUAUUUUAAUUUUCUGAUUCAAAAAUUUAUAAUAGGAUUAAUUGUAAUAACUAUGUUAGAUCGUCAUUAAUGUAAUAAUGGGGGUGUAUACAUGGGCAUAUUGUUUUAUGUCUCAGCAUCCAAGAAUUAAGUUAAUCCAAGUAAAUAACACAUGUAUGAACAAAUAGCGAAAUAAUUAGGUUUUCUCGAAUCAGAUUUACAGAAGAAUAGUGGUGACAGAUUAUCAUCAACUCACUCAAUUUCACAGUUAUGUUGAAGGUUUCAGCGAAACUUUAAGCAAAAAAUUACUGUUUAUUUAAAGUUUAUAUUCUUCAUGAAUGCACUGUGCUUGUAUCUACAUAUUCGAAGUAGUGUGUUAUUCCGAAAUAAACAUCCUCUUAAAGGAAACCAAAACCCAAGAGAAGAAGCAAUCUUAUUGAAAAGAGUAAAAAGAGAGGAACAAUUUGAAUCAAAUGUUGUUUGAAGGUUUGCAUGGUGGUAUGUACAAUCGCUGAUGUGGUUUACGGUACACCAUGUGAAGUGUUGUAGAAACAGUGGAUAGGAGAAGACAUGGGCGGAAAUCCCAGGGGGGACAGGGGGGACGUGUCCCCCCUACUCAAAAUAGUAGGGGGGACACAAUAUCAAAUGUCCCCCCUACUAUUUUUGGUCUUUUAUGAUGGUAAGAAAUACAUCAUUCUAAAUCGAAAUAAAACAUGUAUUUGGGGACGAGUUGGCCUGGGACAAGAUGACCUUACUUUUGGGAUAACCUUUUUUUUUGCUUGUCAAAUGUUCCCGCCCCUUGUCCCCGUAGGCGGACCAGGGGGCCGAGGGGCCCGCCCCCCCUCCCCCUCUUGGUGGAGCAAAAAAAAGGAAAAAAAAACAGAAAGAAAGAAGGAAUAAAAGAGGGAAAAGAGAGGAGAAAAUGAAAAGGACGACGAGUGCAUAAAACAAGAUGAGGGGAAGACUUGGAAAAUAAAAAUAAUCUUUCGUGCCACUAUAUAUAACAUUUAAGCUCUCGCUUCGCGCUCGCAUUGUCUGUUAGGUGAUUUACAUAUCUUGUUCAAUAUGGAGCUCGAAUGUCAAGUUUGGAAGUCAAUAUACAAAACAUAUUACACCUUGGAAAUCGAACUUUCAUUAUUUUGUGUGAUUUACAAAUUGAUUUUUAAAAAGUGCUCUGUAAAAAUGUCAGUUUUAUGGUCUGAAUAUUAACAUUUGCUGCUUGCCUUACAAUUUUUCUACAAAGUGCUUGAAAUAUAAAGCUGAAAUUGACUCUUUUUUCAGAUUGGAGUAUCAAAGUUUCAUGAUUUACAUGAUUAAAGAUGUACAUGUAUAUAGAAUGCUUAGAUUCUAGGUCUAAAUAAUUUAUGAAACACGCGCGCGCAUGUUUAUUCAGAUACUCAACUUGUUCUCUAUUUAAAUCAUUAUCCAGUUUCAGAUCACAAUAUCAAAAUAUUUCUGCUCGCGCUUUGUGCUCGCAUUAUUAAUGUGGGAAGACCCAAUAUUACUCAUCCUUUUGUACAUCAUGAACAGAGUGGCCCAUUUUUAGGUCUAAAUCUCGUUUUUUUUUUUCUGCUCGCGCUUCGAGCUCGCUUCAAUUAUUAAAUUAUAUAGCUAUCCUGUUCACGAUUACAAAAACUGAUUAAAAUUUUCCAUUCUUUCUUUAGAAAGUUCAAAAAUUUUCAGCUUGCGCUUCGUGCUCGCAUUUUUUGAUUGUUGAAAUAUGUAACGCCUUCAUGGCUAAGUGCAAGCAGUCCUUAACAGUUACCUUUUCAACAGGUACCAGUUCAAAACGUAUAUAAAAAAUUUAUGCUCGCGCUUUGCGCUCGCAUUAUUAAUACUCAUCCUUUUCAUGAUUUACAAAACAUGAGUAGAGUGUCUCGUUCAGUAAAUAUUAUGGGACUAAAUCUCGAAAUUUUACGCUCGCGCUUCGCGCUCGCAUCAAUUGUUUACUUAUAUACCUAUUCUGCUUGAGUUUCAAUUCUUUAGGUGAAAAUGUCAAAAAAAAAUUAGCUCGCGCUUCGCUCGCAUUAUUUGAUUGUUAAAUGCUACUUUAACAGGUAUCUUUUCCAUCAGUUUAUUUCUGCUCGCGCUUUGCGCUUGUAGUAAUUAUUAAGUUGCAUACACAUCUUUUUCAGGAUAACAAACAUUGCCCAGAAUGUUCAAAUUUAAGGAAAAAAUACAUAAAAUUUCCAAAAAAUUAGCUCGCGCUUCGCGCUCGCAUCAUAUAAAUAAGGAUUAUGAUACUAUAUAUUAAUUUAUAAGAAUAAAGCUAAGAAGUGACUAAGGAGGACUGCCCCUUCAAAGAAACAAACAAAAAUCUUCUUCGAGCUGCCGAUCGGGGAAAAUAUGGCUGAAACAAAUUUCCGCCCCCCCCCCCCUAUUGGCGAAGGCUGGAUCCGCCCCUGUGUCCCCCCUACCUUUUGGGAGAGAUUUCCGCCCCUGGGAGAAGAGAAGAAAUGGAUAGGCGAGAAAGUGGAGAUUUGAGAGUAGAGUAUUCUUUCUUGAAAGUAGUCCUGAAAAGGACUGUAAACCAGGAAAGAUUGAUGAGUUGAGAACAGCUUGAGUAGUAGAGCUAGUGAGGAGAUGCUGGCUUUAGUCUGUUUCUACAACACUUCACAUGGUGUACCGUAAACCACAUCAGCGAUUAAUUUGAAUCAAGUCUAAUCAAAAUCGGCUGUGAAAUCAGCGAGUUAUGGACGUUCAAAAGGUCUUGUUGUACUUUCUAUGGUGAUCCUCAAAUUGGCAAACAUGCUUCAAAGUGGCUGAUUUCGUGGACAACUCUCCAUUUGUGUUUUACACAAUUUUUCAGAUUUUCCCCAUAAUCUUUCAAAUUGCAUAUUGGGAAAAUAUAAUUCACACAUAUGUCAAGGUCAGGAGGAAAUGAUGUGAAAUGUGAAAAAAAAAGGGGGGGAAAUCUCAAAAUUUGUGUACAAAACAAAUGGAGAGUUAUCCACAAAAUCAGCAAUUUUGAAGCAUGUUUGCCAAUUUGAGGAACAAGACGGUAGCUCUCUUUUCCCAUCAGAAGCAGCUUUUCCUAGAUGUUCCAAGGAGGAACAUGGUCGUCUAUACAGAAGAGUGGGACAUUCUCUAUGAUUAAAAACACACUGGCAACAAAAAGUUGAUUUGAAAAAGACAAAGAAAAAUGCAACUAGCAUUUAAAGUUUCGUUUAAUUUCAUAUUAUGCACAUCCUGGUCGGUAUGCAAAUGAGGAGACUGAUGGCGUCAUCCACUCACUAUUAUUUUCGUAUCUAUUAAAUGAAAUAUUCUAAUUUUUCUCCUCAUUGUCGAUUGAAACAACGAUUAAUUCCUCUCUGAACAUUGUAAAGUUAGCAUUGUUUAAUACCAUAUGGUUCAGUCAAGUUGGUUUUUCCUCUAUUUAUUCAAAUCAACAUUUUUCUGGGGUGGACUUGACCUUUAAAAUCUUUUCUAUCUUGUGUGUAUAUACUGUAACAUGUCCCUCUACGAAAAAUGCCAUCUUAUGGUCAUGCCGGGAUCUUAUUCUUUCUUUAUACAUGACUGCAAGGUCAAGUAUAGGUUCAAUACACAUUUGGAUGUAAAUGGGUUUUGAUAUUUUUUAGCCCAAAGACACCACAAAUGUUUAAACCCCUUCGUGGUCACAUAUGCCCCACCUAGCUGAGUUUUUUUCUAGCUCAGGAAGUUUCACAAAUGCGAUUUUAAAGCGCUUUGGCUUGAUCAAUGUUAUUUUGUUACUUCUACAGUAGAAAGGGCCAACGUUAGAAUAGAGUACAAAUAUUAAGUUAUUAUAUCGAAUCUUAAAAUAUUCUAUUUAUCUGGUAUUAUUUUGCAUUGUUUGACUUUGUUAAUUGUAUACUGCUUUUCUUUGAAAUAAAGAUAUGAUUGCAAUAUUGGUUUAUUCCCAAUUCGUUCAAUGCCAAUUAGUCCAUGCAAUUGCCAACUCGUCUACUAUCAUUUGGUCUACCAUCAGUUCGUCACUAUCCACAUGGUCUACUUUCAUUUAGUCUAAUGCCAUUCCGUCUAAUAACCAGUUGGUCCAAUAGCCAUUUAGUCCAUGUUUGGUCUUAUUGGACUAAGUGUUAAAUUGUGCAAAAUGAAUGAAAAUGAAAUGGAUAUUAGACCAUCUGGUUAUGAGACGAAAUGGUCAUAGACGAAAUGGUGAUUAGACGAAGUGAUGAUUGGACCAAAUGGUUGUUAGACGAAAUGUUGAUGGACGAAAUGGCACUAGACUAAAUGAAAGUAGACCAUGGGGUGAGUGGACGAGUUGGCAGUAGACGAAUUGGCAAUUUACCGCAAUAUUUAAACCCAUUGGUCAGAUUAAACUAUCACCCAACCUCCGAUUGACAUUCGUGUUAAAUACCAUGAGCGACUUUGGGUUUAACCAUGACUUGAUAUAUAUCAGUCACCUCAAAAUAGAAUAAAUAUGCCAAAGAAUACGAAAUAUUUAAUACUAGAGUGAGGUGGUGGAAAUUAAUAUAGCAUUUCACAAAAGUGGUAUUGUUACCAUUGAAAGAUAAUCAUCAUAUUAUUUUUAUAAAUAAAAAUCGAUAUAUUGUUACA